UCAUUCUAGAUUGAUUGUCAUAGUUCUUUGUCAUAACAUCCUGUAGUAUAUUAGUAAUUGUUUUGUGUCUUUGCGGCUGCAUGCACAGAGAUGAUUUCAUAAAGAGAAUGUUUGGGCUCAAUGAAGAAAUAAGGAAACUCUAUGAGUCAAUAGCCUUAGCUUUCAUCCAAGAUAAUUUCAGUCAGACAACAUCACACUCUGGUUGGGUUAUGCACAUUGAUAACCAUCUUGUUUACAUGUUCUGUUGUGCAAAUGCUUUGGUUACUGAAAAUUCGAAGUUAAGAACUGAAAAGCACCGCAUUUUCACAAGAAAAAGAAAAGAAGAAAAAAAACAGAAGAGAAAGUUUAAGUUAGAAUAUAUGCAUAUUAGGAAUGAUUGUUUUUAUAUACGAUCGGCUCCUCAAAGAUGACAAGAUUUUGUGGACUACUUUUGAAUACAGGUCUAGAAAAGUCCAAUGAAGAAGAGACUGAGCUAGCUAAGAGGGAUCUUGAGAAUAAGCUUGCUCUAGAUAGUCAGAUCACUAUGGAGGAAGAAGAAUACAAAACAAUGCAGAAUGUACAUAAGCAGGUUGUUACAACUCCUAUGUCCACUUUAAAUGCUAUUGCUAUUGAAGCAUACAAGAAGUACAUACUGGUUUCACUCAUUCACCUUGGGCAGACUUGCAGUUUAUGAGUGUGCUACAAAACAUGGGAAGAGUGAUCAUGGAGAGUGAUCUUCAAAUGCAGCAUUGAUGGUAGAAAUUCAACAAAUAAAGGAAGAAAACAAAAUGAUGAAA